UGACUGCCCCCGUGUCUCGGCUAGAAGGUGGAUGACGAGCGGCCGCUUUUAAUGCACAAAGUCCGCCGUUUAUUCUGCGCCCUGCUCGUUCAGGUGCGAUUAAAACCGAUCAUACAAGCAUGCAUCUCCUUUGUGCAAAAGCAGAACGAGGGUUUUUACCUCCACCAGGGAGCUCCACGCGGUGGCUGCAGGGAUAACCCGCCGCCUCUCUGGUUAGCCAUCUGGGAUCGUAGUUUAAUUUCUCACCGUGCGGGCUUGAGUCUCGGCUGGAGCAGGACCGCCUGAACCACGUUCCUCGGCGUUCACAUUGUGCACCGUUUCCGCAAGCCGCUGUCCCGCAGCAUUCGGCAAUCCCAGACGGCCUUUGAAGAGCGUAUUUCUGCCGCCAUACCACGACUGAACCCCCUGCCUUCCAGCCCCACUCGCCGGGCUCCAUAGGACAUCUUUAAAAAUAGAGACAACUAAGACUGUAGAGAAUGAAUGGAGAAAUGGAAACAUCCGCUAAAGAUCAAGGCUGGGGCAAGGAUGAUUUGCUGAAGUUGCUGGAUGGCAUGAAGGGAAAUCUCCCACAGAAUGACAUCAGUAAAUACAAAACUGCAGAGUCUCACCUGGAUUGGGAGAAAGUGGCCUUCAAUCACUAUUCUGCAGAGAUGUGCAAGCAGAAGUGGCUGGAGGUGUCCCGUGAGGUACGCAAGUUUCGUACAUUAUCUGAGCUGAUUGUAGAUGCCCAGGACUAUAUCAAGAACCCAUACAAGGGAAAGAAUCUGAAGAAACAUCCAGAUUUCCCAAAGAAGCCUCUCACACCGUACUUCCGGUUCUUCAUGGAGAAAAGGGCAAAGUAUGCCAAGCUACACCCUGAAAUGAGCAAUCUGGAUCUCACCAAGAUCCUUUCAAAGAAGUACAGGGAGCUCCCUGACCGCAAGAAGGCAAAGUACAUGGAAGACUUUCAGAAAGAAAAGGAGUUAUUUGAACAGAACAUGGGAAAAUUCAGGGAGGACCACCCAGACCUGAUGGAGAACAUGAAGAACAUGAAGCGCUCAGACGUACCAGAGAAGCCCAAGACUCCACAGCAGCUCUGGUACAACCAUGAGAAGAAAGCCUUCCUCAAGGCACAUGCAGACGCUACAACAAAGGAGAUCAAAGAAAGCUUGGGGAAACAGUGGACACAGCUGUCGGACAAGAAGAGACUGAAAUGGAUCAACAAGUCUCUGGAGCAGCAGAAACAGUACGAGGAAUCAAUGCGUGAGUUCAUCCAGCAGCACCCAGAACUGAAUAUGUCCCAGGAGAGCCUCAAUAAGUCCACACUGACCAAGGCCGAAAGGCAGUUGAAGGACAAGUUUGACGGCAGGCCCACAAAACCUCCACCAAAUGGGUAUUCCAUGUUCUGUGCGGAGUUGAUGUCCACCAUGAAGGAUGUUCCAAGCACCGCACGCAUGGUCAUUUGCAGUCAGCAGUGGAAGCUCCUCAAACAGAAUGAGAAGGACAGUUACCAGAAACGCUGUGAACAGAAAAAGAAAGAGUAUGAAAUUGAAAUGAACCGCUUUCUUUGUAGUAUACCUGAAGAGGAGCAGCAGCGUGUUCUGGGUGAGGAUAAGAUGCUUGGGUUCAACAAGAAAGGAGGAAGCAGCCCCUCUUCUAAGAAAACCUCCAAGACAAAGGGUGGCCUGAACAAGCCUAAGCGGCCCAUCUCCGCCAUGUUCAUCUUCUCAGAGGAGAAACGGCCAAAGCUGCAUCAGGAGCGGCCCGAACUGUCGGACAGCGAGCUGACUCGCAUGCUGGCUCGCAUGUGGAACGAGCUCUCCAGCAAGAAGAAGGAAAAGUACAAACGUCUGGAAGCAGCUCUGAAGGCCGAAUCAGAGAAGAAGGAGCAGGAGGAGCGUAGCCGGCUGCCUGAGUCACCCAAGACGGCCCAGGACAUCUGGCAGCUGAGCGUGAUUGGGGACUACCUAGCUAGGUUCAAAAGUGACCGGGCAAAGGCCCAGAAAGCCAUGGAGAUGACCUGGAACACCAUGGAGAAGAAGGAGAAGAUUGUAUGGAUUAAGAAGGCAGCAGAAGACCAAAAAAGAUACGAGAGGGAGCUCAGCGAGAUGCGCUCUCCAGCUGCAGUUGUCACCUCAGGGAAGAAAAUGAAGUUUGAGGGUGAACCGAAGAGGCCACCAUCGAACGGCUACCAGAAGUUCUCUCAAGAGCUGCUGUCGGGCGGGGAGCUAAACCACUUGCCCAUGAAGGCACGCAUGGGGGAAAUCGGGGGGCGCUGGCAGAGGUUACCGCAGAAAGAGAAGGACCGCUAUAAGAAGAUGGCAGAGGAGAAGCAAAAACAGUACAAGGGGCAGCUGGAACACUGGCUCAAGACCUUGUCAUCACACGAGAGAGCCAUGUAUAUAGAAUAUCAUUCAAAUAAGCGCAAAAGCACAGGAAAACCAGGAGGAACAAAUAUUAAGUUAAAGGCUGGAGGCUCCAGGAAAUCAGACUCAGAAGAUGAUGAUGACGACGACGAUGAUGAUGACGACGAUGAUGAUGACGAUGAUAAGGCAUCAUCUGAUGAGUCAUCCAGUGAGGAGGAUAGUGAGGAAGAGGAUGACGAUGAUGAAGAAGAGAACGAGGAGGAAGAUGACGAUGAGGCUGAGGAUAAAGAAAAUAAAUCUGGGAGCAGCAGCAGCGGCUCGAGCUCAGAAGAUUCCUCGGACUCUGAUUCAGACUGAGACCCACCCACCCCAGACCCCACCCCCACCCCCUGAAGGACUGUAGGCAGCCAAGUAUCUGGGGGUAGAAUCCGCCCCUCUGGAUCUUCCUGGCCAACAAAAGGAGUCCGUCACUCCCCGUCUGUCAUUUCAUGCUUUUCUUUUUUUGAAAGCCUAUCACCGUCUUAUUUUUGAAAUCUCUGAGAUCUGCGGAGAUAUUGGCUAGAAAAACGCAUAAAGACGACUGGAACCCUUCCCCCCCCCACCCCCACCUCCCACCCGUGCUUUUCCUGCCAUACGGACGAUUUGGCUUCAGCGUUGAUGAAGCUGGCGUCAUUCACCGGAAUCUCUUCAACGUGCAGACUUUAUCAGUGGUCUACAAGGGGAAGGCUCUCCAUUUGGCUCAUUAUUUCUAUUGUUUUCUGAUGAAAGAAUGAAACUAUUCCAAUAUAUUUUAUGUGAAAUGCCCCUUUGGAUCUGUGUGGUGUAAUAUACAGAAAGCGGUUUGAGGGGAAUGGAAAGAGAACGUACCGCUUCAAACUGCUUCUCGGUCUUGGAGAAAAUUCUCAGAUAUGUUCUGCUUGUUUCUGUUUCGGCUCCUAAAGUCAAGGAUUGUGUAAUUCUGGGAGGGUGUUGGUGGCCAGGUCACUGAACUCUGAAUUUGUUGUUUCCAUCUUUUUAUCGGUGUCUUUUUGACAAUGUUACUUUAGGAAGAAUGAAGCCAUUUUGAAUGCACUGUGUUGGUAGGCAGAACGCCAGUGAAAUGGUGCCUUUUUGUCUCUGGGUCUUGUUUCGAGUAACUUAGCAGGAAUCUUUCUCUGCUUAUAUCUCUGUGAUGUCCGUUUUUACAGGAUGAGGGAAAGUGAACUGACAUGUAAAAUAAGGAUUCUACAGGAAGGUGUCUGACCUUGUAAAAUUACUUGAGUGGUGCGUUAUUUGAUGUUAGCGUUUACAUUAAAGCUUUACAGUUUAAUGGUAGGUUUGACAGUUUUCGAUUUACUUCAGUGGUCUCCACAGACACUGCUUCAAAUUCUUGACGACUUAUUAUUCAUUCAGUCAGCUGAGGAAUAUGAUGACAUGAAAAAACUUGUAAACUUGUAAAUGUAAACCAAAUGGUAAAUUUGGCGUGCAUUUUCAGCUUUCAAAUUCUAGUUAUUUGCGCAUGUAGAUGGUUCUGGUACAACUGGAGUUGUUUCAAUUCUUAACCACUAUUUUACAGCUGUUUCUUAAUGUAUGUAUACCCAAGAUAUUUAUUGUUUUAACACUUGGUUUGAUUUGUUUUUAGAUCCCAAAAUUUGUCCUGAAAAGGAAUGCACUUAAAAUAUAUAUCCUUUCCAUUUCCCAGAUUUUUUUUUUUAUUAUAAAUCUUGUACCUGAGCCAUGUGUAAUGAGGAAUUUAAAAGUUAGUCUGUUCUUUAGAAAACUCACGCACUUGUGCAGGGCCAGUUAAUCCUACAGGCGGCUGCCUAGGGCACUGGCUUCUGAGGGGGUGCUGACUGGGCUCGGACACGGGGCGACGGCGGUGAUGCUCGCCUAGGGAGCCACAAGGAUCGGGACCGGCACUGCACAUGGGACGGCUGUAACCUAGAUAUUCAGUGGCCUGAAUCCAGACUUCACCAUCCCUCACCACCGAGACCCUCCUGCAUCCAUUACACUGUAAAAGCAUUAGCAGCAGUGGACAGCCUCUUCACAGUAGUUCUGGCCGUUUGUGUCUGUUGGUGGAAGUGCUGCAGCAGAAGAGUAGCCCGUCUCCUCAGCAGUAAGUCAGGGAUACCAGGAUUUUCUUUGUAACCCUGGGCAGCUAUGUUUAAAGCAAGGUCCCUUUCACUUUUUAAUCUGUGCUUUCUUACUUGGGACAAAGACUUAUAUUUUUGUUUAGUUAAAAAGAGGAGAAAACGAAAAUCAAAUGAGGGUUGUUCCAUUUCGAAGCUCUGAAGAACAAAAGUCAUGACAAAGGGGAUUUUGUAGCAGUUGCAGGUUUUGUGGUAUUUAUAAUUUCCGAAGGGGGGGUUUGCGACGCAGUAAUUUGGUAAAGGGGGCUGGGGGGAUGAGCUGCUCUGUUUUUUGUGUUUGAUUUAUUGUUGUAUGGUAUUUGUAUAUAAUGCUUUUUGUAACAAGUGGACAUUGUUUUAUUUGUACCUUUGUUUAGCUGUAGAUUCACACUGGCAUUAAUAGCCAGGUCAGUGGGGACUCUUUGGCAGGGGCGAAAUUCUGUACAGUUUGGCACAUCACCAGCCCUGGGAGGGAAUGAAUGUUUUUAUUUUGUGCUCUCUUUCUGUUUUGUUUAUAUUCCCUUCUCACAAUUUUUUGUAGAAAUGAUUUUAAAAGGUAAAAAAAGCUUUGCAGAUUUGUAUGGCUGAAUAAAUAUGAAACAUUUCUGAUGUUUUCUAUAGCUAAAAGUGUUCUGUAUUUCCUGCCAUUUACUAUUUGGGCAAGUAAACUUGUUUUUACCAAAG